UAUGAAUAUUAUAUAGUUUAAUUGAGAAUGUGAUCUUUCGCCCCUGCCUAUAUAUAUGCAGUCAAGGAUAACCAAAAAUUCCCUUUCAUUGUGCAUUGUGAUAUAAAUAGUUAUAUAUUUUCCCAACAAUUUUUUUUAAAGGAAAAUAAAAAAGCAUAAAUAAAUUAAUGUCCAUGGCAAUAUAUUGGAUUACCUUUGCCUUGUUAUUUUUUUUGUUAGUGAUUAUUAUUUUGCACCAUUUCUUGCCCAUAUUAUUGUUGUUCUUCAAAAAUUACACUCUCCCCAAAGGAUCUUUUGGUUGGCCUAUUUUUGGUGAAACCCUUAAUUUUUUAAAGCCUCACUCUUCAACUUCAAUUGGCCCUUUCUUGCAACAACAUUGUACUAGGUAUGGGAAAGUGUUCAAAUCACACUUGUUCUUUUCUCCGACGGUGGUUUCGUGCGACGGCGAACUGAAUUAUUACGUAUUGCAGAACGAGGAUAGGUUGUUCGAGUGCAGCUAUCCGAAACCUAUCCAUGGAAUAUUGGGGAGGAGCUCCAUGCUGGUGGCUGCCGGAGAAACCCACCGCCGCCUGAGGAGUGUCGCCGUCGCACUCGUCACCACCAUCAAAUUGAAGCCGGAUUUCUUGGUCGAUAUCGAGACGAACGCCACCCGGAUUCUUGGUUCUUGGAGGGAUAAGCAGCAAGUUGUCUUCUGUGAGGAAGCUAGAAAGUACACAUUUAAUGUAAUAGUGAAGCAGGUGCUUGGUUUAAGACCGAAUGAGCCACAUACAAAGGAAAUACUUGAAGAUUUCUUGACUUUCAUGAGAGGCCUUAUUUCUCUACCAAUCUACAUUCCUUUUACUCCAUAUGCAAGAGCUGUUAAGGCUAGAAGUAGAAUAUCUUCAACUGUGAAAGCAAUCAUAGAAGAAAGAAGAAAAAGAGGUAGAAAUGAUGAAAUAAAUUCUUGCAAAAAGAGUUGGAGUAAUAAUGAUUUUCUCAAUAUACUCCUCGGCGUCGAAACCUUAUCCGAAGACGAAAAAGUUAGCUUCGUGUUGGAUUCUUUACUCGGUGGCUACGAAACCACUUCCCUUCUUUUGUCUAUGGCCGUCUUUUUCCUUCAUCGCUCCCCUCUCGCCGUUGAUCAACUCAAGGGAGAGCAUCGGAAAAUACGAAGCACGAAGAAAAAGGACGAAUUUCUGAGUUGGGAGGACUAUAAAGCAAUGGAAUUCACACACAAUGUCAUAAAUGAAGCUCUAAGAUUAGGCAACAUUGUUAAAUUUGUCCACCGAAAGGCAAUCAAAGAUGUCAAAUUUAGAGAUUAUAUAAUUCCGUCGGGUUGGAAAGUCCUACCCGUUUUCUCGGCGGUUCAUCUCGACCCGUCUCUUCAUGCUAAUUCUCUCCAGUUUGAUCCUUGGAGAUGGCAGACAGAAGAUCAAACAUGCAAGAAGUUUAUCCCAUUUGGUGGAGGGUCCAGAUGCUGCCCAGGAUUUGAACUGGCAAAAGUUGAGGUUGCUUUUUUCCUACACCACCUCAUACAAAAUUAUAGUUGGAAAGUAGAAGAUGGCGAACAGCCGAUCGCGUAUCCAUAUGUAGAGUUUCGAAGAGGAUUAAAAUUGAGUCUGCAUUCCUUAUGCAGCUCAUGAAGAAAGAUUCAACUAUAUAAUUAUAUAUAUACAUUUUAUUAAUGAGGCUAUGUUUGUGCACUUAUUGUAAUAUAAUUUCCUUGAAGACUUCACUCACAAAGCCAUGCAUGCAUUUUUUAAUCCAAUGAUCGAAUGAGUUCAAAGGAGUUUGGUACCUAGUAUUUGGAAUGGGGAAUUUAAUUAGGUGUAGUUCAAGUUGAUGUAACUAAUUACCUUGCCCAAAAAAACAACAUAAUAGAAUAUCCAAGCGGAAAAUACUAUUUAUUGCAAACAAACCUUAGCAUACACAAAAUGUGUACGUACAAGUAACGAAAAACAUGGGCAUGUAAUUGAUAAAUGAUGUUUGUUACGGUAUAUCUUCAUAUUCUCUGAAAUACUUCUUUUGUACA